AUGUUGGCAGGGUGCUCUUCGACGUUGCUGUCUCUGAGGCAUCGAUUGAGGAGUGAAGCGUCGUCUGUUCCUUUCCAAGCUUGCCACCUGCAGGUGCAGGAGGAUCUCUAUCCUUCCCAGCAAAAGAUGAGUACCCAGCGUCUGGAUCUCCCUUGCAGUUUCUCCCGGAAGGAGGGACCCCGGAUCACGCUCUCUCUGGAUAAAGCCAUCGAGACAACGGGAGGCUGCUCUUUCAGGCACAACCCAGCAGCCCCUUCGUCGUCUUCCUCAUCCCUCGUCGCCAAUGGGGCCUCAUGGGAAUCCAGGCGGGAGGUUGAGGGAGCCUACUGGGAGAAGAAUGCCCCGGGAUUGAAGAGGUUCCAUGAGUGGACCUACAUUGACGAUCAAAUCGAAGAAAGGAUUAAGAGGAAGAAGACCGGGAGCGAUAGGCAGCAGCUACCUGGCGGCGGCGAUGACGGCUGGUUUCCGAACAACGCCGUUGAGCGUCCCCCAAUGGAGGAAGAAAGACCCCUCUUCCUACCCGGUGUCGCCGUCUUCCCAUCUCUGCCUUGUUCGAGUGCAGCAGUUGCAAACAGAGUUGAAGCCGAAGGGAGCACCAGCGAUGGAUCAAAGCAGAAGGUCAAAUCGGACUCAGGUUCCUCCUCCGGCUCCCGAAGCUCAUCUCCUGAUCUCAAUGAGAAUUCCUCCGACUACCCGCAUGCAAGGGAAGCCGGAGAAGUGGUACCGGGAGACAGCGGCGACGCCACGAAGCUGGUGCGCCAGGGUCUUGAGCUGGUGAACUUACUCACAUCCUGCGUAGAAUCUAUUGGCUCCCGAAAUCACGAAGCGACAACCUUCUUCCUCGGUAGAUUAGGCGAGCUAGCAUCUCCUGUGGGUUCGACCCUCCACCGGGUGGCGGCAUACUUCACCGAGGCCCUGGUCCUCCGAGUCGUAAAGCUCUGGCCCCACAUAUUCUCCAUAGCUCCGAGGAGGGAGCUCCUGGAUCGCAUGGAAGACGACAACACAACGGCACUCCGCGUUCUGAACGGUGUCAGCCCGGUCCUCAAGUUCAUCUACUUCACCAUCAACGAGAGGUUACUGAGGGAGUUCCAAGGUAAGGAGAGGAUCCACAUCAUAGAUUUCGACAUCAAGCAGGGCCUCCAAUGGCCGAGCCUGUUCCAGAGCCUGGCCUCCAGGCCGAACCCUCCAGCGCAGGUGAGGAUCACAGGGGUCGGUGAGUCGAAGCAGGAGCUUCAGGAGACGGGGGCCAGGCUAGCAGCGUUCGCAGAGGCCCUGGAUCUGCCGUUCGAGUUCCAUGCGGUGGUGGACAGGCUGGAGGACGUCAGGCUUUGGAUGCUUCAUGUGAAGGAGAGGGAUUCUGUGGCGGUGAACUGCGUCCUUCAGUUGCACAAGCUUCUCUACGACGACAGUGGAGCUGCCCUCACAGAUUUCCUCGGUCUCAUCCGGAGCACAAACCCGGAGAUCGUUCUCAUGGCAGAGCAGGAGGCUGCCAACAACGAUCCGAGGUGGGAGACGAGGUUCUCCUCCUCGCUUCAGUAUUACUCCGCCAUCUUCGACAUGGUGGACUCUAGCCUGCCAAUGGAGAGCCCUGCCAGGGUCAAGGUGGAAGAGAUGUUUGCUCGGGAGAUCAGGAGCAUUGUCUCCGGCGACGGCGGAGAAAGGGUCGAGCGGCACGAGGUCUUCGGGGAGUGGAGGAAGAUGAUGGAAGAGAGGGGCUUCAGGUGUGCUGGCAUUGGGGAGAGGGAGAGGCUCCUCAGCCAGAUGCUCCUUCGAAUGUUCGCCUGCAAGAACUACGGCCUGGAGAAGCAAGGGGAACACGGCGGCGGCGGGCUCACCCUCCGAUGGCUGGAUCAGCCAUUAUACACUGUAUCUGCAUGGGCACCAUGCGAAACGGCGGCCGCCACCUCCUCCAGGUCUCCGCCAGGCUGA